AGAGAGUUAGUUUCUACAUAACAGGAAGGAUCACAGACUGCAGCUACAGAAAAGAACCAGCACAGAAAGAGACACACACACGGAGACACAUACACGGAGACACACACACAGACACACACACAGAGACACACACAGACACACACGCUUUCUGUCAACAGAGAAAGGAAAGUUAAUACCCAUCAGUUUGUUGUCUAAGUGUAUCAAGGCAGCUGUAGUCAACAUGGCAUUAGGAGGAUGUGGGCAGAUCUGCAAAUGGAUCAUCAUCCUGUUCAACAUCCUCUUCAUCUUGGUGGGUUUAGGGUUAGUAUUAGGUGGAUUAUAUCUUCGCCUCAGUGCUAACAUACCCGAGGAAUUAAAAACCAACCAUUUCAUCUUCAUGGUCGGAUUCUCCAUAGCGAUUGGUGCUGUGAUUCUUAUAACUUCUGUGAUUGGAGAUUAUGGCUCCUGUAGUGAGAAUAAAUCUUCACUCGUUGUGUACUGCUCUCUGCUGUUCACACUCGCAGCAGCGGCCGCCAUCGGAGGGGGCGUGGCCUUUGUUAACAACAAAGAGUUCUCAAACCAUGUUGCAGAGUUUUACGCCACCAUCUAUACGCAGUACAUGAUUACAGGAGAUGUGAUCCGAGCUUUUAUGCUCAAACUGUUCCACAAAGCUUUUGACUGCUGUGGCCUAGGAGGAACUAUACAGACACUGAUGGGUGCUACCAACAUCUGCCCACAGCAGAGCUCCUUUCUGGGAGUGGCUGUCUCCACCUCUUCUAGUUGCCUGCCUCUGAUUAUGACCCAGCUGGAGGCAUCUUCAGUGCUGACAUUUUUUAUGGUAAUCACUGGUAUUCUGUUUCUGGUGUUAGUCUGCAGUGUUAUGCUGGUCUGCAGCAUAAAGAACAGUGUGCGCUACUCAUCACCCUUCUACAAUUGACCUACAAAAGCUCAACGACGCAACACAUCAUCCUUCUGUCUGCCAUCUAAUAUUUUCAUUUCCUUCAACUAAAGUUUCCUAUCCUUCACCCAUAAACCCAAUCUUUUCUUACACAACCAUUUCAUGUCAAGGUAUUCUCCUGCUUACAUCCACACUUCUCCUUCUCCUUCUACCCACCCAAUAUAUUCCAGCUUUCUCCUCAUCCUUUGUCCUCCACCCAAUCAGAACUUUCUCUUGUUCUCCAUCACUUCUCUUCAUUCUUCUGGCACUCUUAUUUCACCCCCUUUAUUCACUUCCUCUCUUUGCUUCCAUCAAUUCCUCCAUUUUUUUUAGAAGAUUUGUUUACUCAAGUGGAACAGACGUCAAGCAGAACCACUGAGGUCUUCUGUGUCAAACACACACACACACACACACACACACACACACACACACACACACACACACACACACACACACACACAGACACACCCUCACUGUGGUUUGCAUUGAAUUAUUGACUGAUGAUACAGAGUUAAAUGAUAAACCUGGAACUUUAUUACUUAUUCACACUUAAUCUUUUCACUAAAAGCACUUUUCUCUUGAGGACCAGACAGCAUUCCACUCAAAGCCAAAAUCUGUCUUGAAUUCCUAUAAUUAUGUUGACAUUUAUUCUUUAUAAAAUCUAAGAUCAUUGUGGUUUUAUUUAAUACACAUUAAAUAAAAGUUUAUAUAUACAUUCCCAGUAACACACAUACAUUCUGCAUAGCAUUUCCAUUUCAUAAGUUUCUUUGCGUUUAGUCUCCACAUUUCUUAAUGCUCGACAAUAUUAUUAUGUAGACAUUUUAUGUGCGUGAAAUUAAUGGUAAAUUUUAUUUCUUAAAAUGUAUGUGUUUUCCUUCAUUAAUAAACAUUGGUGUGAACUUUUCAA